AUGCGAUUCGUGCGUCUCCUUCUUUAUACGGCAUGGCUCACUGCGAGUCAUGUGCAGGCAGCUGCUGUGUUUGCCCACUUUAUCGUGGGCAAUGUUCCGACUUGGGGGUUGCCAGACUGGAAGCAUGACAUUAGACUCGCCACCAAAGCACAUAUUGAUGCCUUUGCUCUUAAUAUGGCGUACGGCUGGUAUGCCAACGAAGAUACCCUGGCACUGGCCUUUCAAGCCGCGGAACAAGAGAAUUUUCAAUUGUUUUUUCUCCUGAUCAGUUUGAUCAAGAGAUAUAGCAGUUCUAGUGCGUAUUUCCAACACAAAGGAGGUCCAUUUGUCUCGACUUUCGAGGGCCCUGGAAACGCUGGAGAUUGGAAUAAUAUCAAGGCCCAGAGAGGCUGUUUCUUCGUGCCAGACUGGUCUUCCCUAGGUGCUAUACCUGCCGCAGAUGCCACAGAUGGAGUUGUGGAUGGACUCUUCAAUUGGGCGUCGUGGCCAUGGGGUAAUAAGAACAUGACGACGUUUAUCGAUGCAUCGUAUCUUCAAACCUUGAAUGAGACGGGUAAGCCAUACAUGAUGCCCGUGUCUCCUUGGUUCUAUACCAAUAUGCCCGGGUACGACAAGAACUGGCUUUGGCGAGAUGAUGACACUUGGUAUCAACGUUGGCAGCAGAUCUGGUACCUACAGCCAGAGUUUGUCCAGAUCAUCUCCUGGUGA